AGAUUUAACGUGUAACGUGACGUAAACUGAGCUAACGAGUCGACACAAACACAAAACCAACCCGGAGAUAUGUAGCCAAUUUAGCAAGCACGGAUCUAAUUCUAAAUUUCACCCUAAUCAAAAAAGAUGUAAUUAAUUAAUCAGAUAAUUCGCCGUCACGCAUGGCAGGACACACAUCUGUGCGGCGGUGAUGUGGAGGCAGAGAGACGAGCAGCACUUCCCCCGCAGCCCGCCCGUCAACAGUGCUGGAAUCCAGUGCAGCUUUAAAGAAAGAAAUAAAAAAGGGUCCUGCGCUCGCAGGCGCUCAGAUAACCUCUCCCACACUGUCCUCGUGCUCCCAGCGUGCGAGUACAGCGCGGUGUGUCGGAGGGACCGGAACAUUUGAGGCAACAGAGAUGACAUGAGGGAGGCAGCGCCUGUACAAGGCAAACAUAAACUGUGCCACUUCAUCUGAAAACAAUGGGGGACAGGACACCGAGUGUGCUCUCAUCCACAUCUCCAUUGUCUGCCCUCCUCUUUUACUCCUCCUCCGAGCGUGGAGCAUAAGCGGGGUGAAAGAGGGGAGGGGAGGGGAGGAACAGGGGGAGCAGCAGUGGGGGCAGAGGGGUUCUGGCUGUGUUCUUUCUCCUCUGUCUGUGUGCGAAUGCACAGACGGUUCAGUAGUAAUUUGAUGUGUGUCCCCGGGGACAUUUGAUGGAUUAAAGCUAAGCAGCUCCAUUUCGCAGCACCACCUGAUCUCCCGCUGCCUGUGCUCCAUAUAAAGGCUGGCGUGAUUGCUGAUCUCAGCUAGUCUGACAGUCUCUCUCUCCCUCCUCUCUGUCUCCAUCUCUUCCUCACUGGUCCCUGAAGCUGCAUCACAGGAGCUAUCCAGUGCUGAACAGGAUCGCGUUGAUUUUUUAUUUUUUUAUUUUUCCUGGGGAAGCUGGGGGAGCCAGAGAGUAUCACACAGCAUCGCCGUCAGCCUCGUUCUCCACCGGUUUCCAUUUUCUUUCUUAUCUUAUGUUUUUGGCCGUCUUCACGUUAAGGAUUACCGUCGAGUCAGCUCUGCUCGCGUGCUUCCUCAGAGGCUCUUUGGUUUUGUACUCUCAUGCGUUUCUCUCAGCUCUGUGUUUUUAUCCAUUGAAACAUGCCCCGCUCAUUUUUGGUGAAGAAGAUCAAGCUUGAUGAUUUCUCUUCGUCCAAUGUGGCCACUUCCCAUCACCACCACCACCACCACCACCACCUGGACGACUCCUUCACUUUUGCACGCUCCAUCACAGACUCGGUGACCAGCCUCGGGGUCCGUCUCAGUGAGAAUGGCUAUAUCCAGGAUUACAUCACGCCAUCUGUAUACCAGGGGGAGAAGAAGAUGGAGCACAAGCUGGCUUCACCAGUGUCAGAUCCCCUCUACACGCCGGUGAGUAGCGGAGAGGAGUACUGUGACCCCGACCUGAAGCACCCCGACAGCCCACAGUCCGGCAUGACGGCCAGCGGCUUCUACAGCGGUGAAUCGGAGGCCCUGGACGAGGGUUACACCAUGGAUGCCUUCUUCAUCUCCGACGGGCGCUCGAGGCGGAAGGGGGACACAGAGAGUCGCGGAGGGGGCUCGAGAAGCAGCAGCGCCAACGGCGGGGCUCAGGAGAAGGGAUCCGGCACGGCUCGGCACUCCUGCAAUGAGUGCGGCAAGACGUACGCCACCUCCUCCAACCUCAGCAGACACAAGCAGACGCACCGCAGCCUGGACAGCAAGAUGGCCCGCAAGUGUCCCACCUGUAACAAAGUGUACGUGUCCAUGCCGGCGUUGGCCAUGCACAUCCUCACCCACGACCUCAAGCACAAGUGCGACGUGUGCAGCAAGGCCUUCAGCCGGCCGUGGCUCCUUCAAGGUCACAUGCGCUCACACACGGGGGAGAAGCCCUUUGCCUGCGCACACUGUGGCAAAGCCUUCGCUGACCGUUCAAACCUCCGCGCCCACAUGCAAACACACUCUGCCUUCAAGCACUACAGAUGCAAGCGCUGCAAUAAGACCUUCGCUCUCAAGUCCUACCUGAACAAGCACUACGAGUCGGCUUGCUUCAAGGGCUCUGCGGACGAAGACGACUCUGGAUCAGAAAACUAACCGCGCGGAAGAAGCUACAUGUUGAACCCCCGUUGUAGGUUCACAACCAAUAACCCGAUCACUCUGCCCUCCAUGCCUUUUUUCUUCCCUUUUUUUAGAAAGCAAUAUUUUCACUGAGAUUACGUGAAGAAACUCUAAUGAUUAUAGACAAUUUCAAAAGAUGCUGGAUGUUGUCCCUGCACAGUAGCUAAUCGUCCACAGAAACAUACAAUCAAACAACCUUCCCCCAAACAGAGACUGUACAUGACAGGUGUACACAGUUAAGCAAAGUGUGCUCGCACGGACGUGGAUUCAUGUAAACACAUACACUCACACAGACAUGUAUGCAAACACACACACACACACAUUAAUGUACGCACGUGUGCACACACACACACACACACACACACACACACACACACACACACACACACACACACGCACACGCACACUUACACACACAAUUAUAUAUGAGGCCUGGCAUGUGAAUUUUUAUCAAUGACUAUAAUGAUAUUGAUAUCAAUAGUAAUAAUAUUUAGAUUCCUGAUAUUUUAUAGCAAAUAGUGAGAAAAUGAAAAAACACAUAAAAAAGGACGAACAGUGUUCUUUUGUUUUUUAGAGACAAAACGACCUCUUGUAUUUUUAUGCUGCUUUUUAUUUGCUAAGAAUUUAAUUCUUUUGCAACUGCCAACAUGAACUUUUUAUGAAAAUGUGAACUAUGACAGUAUUUGCAAAAAAGGGAGAUCAUUUUAAAAAGGUAAAAAGACAAACCUACCAAUGUUUCAAUUCAACGGAUGUUAUUUUUCUAUUUGAUUUUUCUAAAUUUAUUUUUUCUUGUUGAACUAAAGCAUCUUUGUAACUGUGGGUAUUAAAAAAAACAAGAAAUUUAAAUAAGCUAUACACGCUCAUCGGCCGAAGGUCGUUCGAUUCAAUUCUGCAGGAGCGGCGGUUUUAAAGCGGCCUGUUGAACAGGUCAUCAUCUGAUUCAUAGUCUCGCCCUGAAGUACGGACUCGAUCUAUUGUUAUAAGUGCCACGUGCGGUCCACUCGUCUACAGCAAUGUAACUGUCGUUGUUCUUCCUCCACCGCGGUGGCUGCGUAAACUCUGCUGCCUUUACGGUGCAUCGUCCGUCUCACAGAGACAUCUUCAGCCAGUGUUUGAGGAGCUCGCCCUCCGCCAGCGUUACCUCACAGUGAAGGUAUGGACUCACACCCUCAGUUACAAAGUGACGGUCAAAUGAUUCUGUUUGUCUAUUUUAUAUGUCGCUCAAAGCUCCGCCCACGGUUUAGAUGCAUACCAUCUAUUUAUCAUGUAAAUACUUUAUUUAUCUAUUUAUCUAUUUAUUUAUUCACCUUAUUUUUGUGUAUUUAUUGAAGACUUGCUUAUACUUAUUUAUUGUUUAUCAUUUAAAAAAUGAACAUCCAUUGACCUUGUAAGAUGCUGCUGAUCUUCAAAGAAAAUGUUUAUAUGCAUGAAAACUGUAGAGAGUCCGCGGGACGUAGUUCUUUAAAGAGGAACAAUGUGUUAGGAGACUUCCAACCAAUGAAUGCAGAAUUCACUUUUGUUUUUCGUGGCAAUAACUUUACUGACGCAGCAACUGACAUGUAUAACAAUCACAGCUGUCCUGUUUUCAGUCAAUGUAGGGCAAUAAAAAGAAACGAUGACAACAAAACACUCAAAUAUUCUCCAUCUUGCUGUUUUCCAAAAGUCCCCUGCCUCCUCGUGACGGGACAUUCCUUUUGUCUUUAAAUCUCAGGCGAUAAAUAAUUCCCAGAAAUGGCCGACGGCGAUGUGCACGUAGACGUCGCCGUGAAAAUGUAACACCAUCCGUUAUGUAAUAAUGUAGGUGUAGUCGAGCUACGCCAAGGUUUCAAAGGUGCAGAAGCAAUAAUGAGAGCGAGGCAGUAACUUUAACACUUUACACAGCGAGUCCAAAACUGCUACAGGUGUUAGUCCCACAUUAUUAUUAUUGCAUUGUUUUAAAAAGCAACCAGGUAAUUACAGAUGUCUCUGCUGAAAGGCAGGCGUGAAGGUUACACAACAGGAUUACAAUCAUUCUAAUUUAGGUCACUGACAUAAUGAAGCAUUACAGUUCAAUGAAAAGUCACAACUGCUCCCACAUUAAUGUGUGAAGCGUGUGAACAGAGAGCAGACGGAGGCGUGUGCGUCUUCACCAGCACUAAUGGAAAUGAUCUUGACGUGAACUGUCUUGGAAGAGAAAGUUUCCCAGAUUAUUGUGAUAAAGCGACACGCUGUAAUGCACUUCUAACUCCCCCAUCGUUUGUCCCAGCCUCGCGGCGGCGCUCCCCUCUCCUCGUCCCGACUGCCUCUAAACAGACGCACCGCGCAUGAGAUGUGCUGAAGUGGGAUUGGCGGAGGGUGGCGGAGUGUGGGAGGAUAACAGGUGUUUGCAGACAGACUGCAGAUAGGGAGCGUAAUUGAGUCGGUGAGCGACCUCCAAGGGGAAGGUCAAGCACCAGCAGGCAAAUGCACCGUCAGCUAUUUGCAUAUUCCAAAUGGAUGACACGAUCGCAGUAAUGCUGAGCUCGCCCAUUAAAACAAAACAAAAACACAGAAGUGAGGAGAGAAGAGGAGUGUCUGCUCUGUUUGUCCUCGCUGCUCCACCAUCAUCCUGUCAAUGGCUGUUUAAGUGCUGCAGCUGAAUCACUGCAUGAGAGCAUCAAACCACCUGUCUCCUCAUUAGCUUGCAGAACACACAGUUUGGCACGUCGCUGUAUCACUAAACCAAUGCAGAAAUCACUUCUUCCUAUAGAUUAUGUUUUACAUGUUUAAUGUUUCACUGUGGGACGCAGAUAUAACGCUUCUCCAAAACCUGGGGACUGUGUUUUAAUGAGGCGGAUAAAAGCCUGGAGAUCAUUAAAAACAUCAAGUGAAAUGUUCUGUAGGCUUGAAUCUGAACCUGGCAGCGUUACAGAUCGCCCUCAGAGGAAAUGAUCAUUGAAAGAAAAGGAUUCUAAACUUCUGAAUUUAGAUGUAGGGAAACAUUGUUCCUCUUUGAUGAUUCUGUAAAUAUAUUUGUAAAUAUAUCACAGCAAUAAUAUGACAAUGCAUGUAGACAUUUAAUUGCUCUUUUCUUUUUGUUACUAUUCAUGUUGUCUUUUUUUAUUUUAUUAAAAAGAAAAGACAAAUACAGGUACCAAUUGCAGUCUGGGUGGCCGUGUGAAUCAGGGAGUGUCUUGAUUAAAAGCUAUCUGUUGUAAGCUACAGACAGAAAAACUUAAAACUCUGUGUAUUCUCAAAGAUUUGAUCAUGUUCUGUAUGAUUCUUCUGUUCUUCUUUUCUUUUCUUUAUGUGCCCGGCUUGGCUGCGCAAUGAAAAAGUGCCAAAAAGUAUGAUUUCC